UUACGGACGACGACGACUGCCGCGGCGUCUGCAUGUGUACUUUAGUGGCCGCGUAAUGCAGAAAUUAUGCAAAACUAGGUAAUUCCUAGUAUACUAGUGCCAUACGAGACAGUAUGCGACCACGUGACGAUCAUACAAGACGAGACAGAACUUAAUGAAAACGAAUCACAUCGUCUAUCCAACUUGAAAAUCAGUCUAGCUACCUUAUUUUGCAUGAUCGGGACGACGCGACUUGAAUUCCCUAGGUGAGACAUUCUUUCGAGAUGGGUGUGAGCGAUAGGGUUGCUUCGAGGUGGGGAUACUCCUUCGCAUUAUAUAAACAUUGACCAUCAUCGUAAUGAUCAACAGUCUAAGACCAGACAUCAAAAUGGAUAAGCUUCUCUUCGUCUUCAUCGCCAUUUGCAGCUUUCAAUACACCCACCAGUUUCCGAGAGAUUGGAGCAACACCGCCCCGUACAGCCAACACACGCUCAUGUUCAGCAACUUCAACCCAAGAUACACCUACAAACCAGAAGAUUUCAUGUCCGCCUUCGGAUCCGAUGCCAUCUCAACCAACACAUUUUCAGCAGACACACAAUCACUUCAAAACACCGAAACCAAAUCAGAAAACGAACAAUUCGAAGACACCCCAAACACACCGGACUUAAAAAAGAACGACUCCCCAAAAGAAGAAGACGAAGAACAUUCAUGGCCUUUCAAGAACCAACCCAACUCGAAAUCCGGCGGCGUUUACAGUUCUUUCUUCCCAAUCAUGAUACAAGGUGGAUCUAGUAAAGGACUUGGAAGGGACGCCAGCGAAUAUACCCCAGGAUCUUCAACAGCCAUCGCGAACAGUUUCAGCACCGGACGAGGGGGCGUUGCUAGCAGUCAUGCCACUUCUUUAGGGGAUCCUUAUUUAAGCAUGCUCUUUAGAAACGCCGUCUUUAAAAAGGCUAUGGAGAAAAGCGAAUAAACAAAGGGAUCCGUUUGGAAAUUUUACCAAUUUCUUUUUUAUCAUGCUGUGCUUUCAUUUUACUUAAUGUAAAUAAAUAUAAGAUUUUUUAAGCAAUA